UUAACUCCCGGCCUCAACUUGUUUUUCUUUUCCUUUUUCUUCCCGUUUGGAUUUGGCUCCGAACCAAAAAUGAAUUCGACCGUUGUAACCGAGCCUACUUUUCAAAAAUACUUCUAGUAUACUAUGUUGUCUCUGUUUCUUGCCCAAACCCACAAAGACUACCCUACCUACCUCUAAACUCCUCAACUUUCUCUCACUUGAAGCACUUCUCUCUCUACUUUCUAGUCUCAUUGAAGAGAUGGUGUCCAAGAUAGUGAAAAGGACCCCCACAAAAUCCCUCAAGAACCGGAAAAACCUCCCCCACCACCAACACCGCCGUAGCCACAAGAAGUCUCCGAUCAAGAAUGCCUCUUCUGCCGCCUCUGUGGUCGUUGCUUCCAUCAACAAAUCCAUCUACACUUGCCACCGCCGCCUCAUCAAGAUCUUCACAAAACUAGCCCGCAUUGCUACCCCUAACAAAACCCCACGCAAGAAGGGCUACCAAAUUCUUGAAAAGGUCCCUGCCAAUUCUCCUGACAUCACUGUCCGGAAGUCUCUGUUUCAUGAGAGCAUUACCCUCCCUCCAUUGCUUUCGCCUGACAAGAAGACCAUAUUUCUUGAUCUGGAUGAAACCCUGGUGCACUCAACCGCUACCAUUCCUCCGGAAAGAUACGACUUCGUUGUUAGGCCAGUGAUCAACGGUGAAAAGGUUGAAUUCUUUGUUCUGAAGAGGCCAUUUGUGGAUGAGUUCCUCAACUUUUUGAGUAAGAAGUUUGAGAUAGUGGUGUUCACUGCUGGGAUUGAGGAGUAUGCCUCGCUGGUGCUGGAUAGGCUGGACUGGAGGAGGCUGAUAUCGCAUCGACUGUACCGUGAUUCGUGCAAGGAAGUUGAUGGGAGGUUUGUGAAGGAUUUGUCUGAGAUUGGGAGGGAGCUCAACAGGGUGGUGAUUGUGGAUGAUAAUCCUAAUUCCUAUCAGUUUCAGCCUGAUAAUGCAAUCCCAAUCAAGCCCUUUACAGAUGAUCUUGGAGAUGAGGAAUUGAAGGGGUUGAUUCAGUUCUUUGAAGGAUGUGAAGAGGUUGAGGAUACAAGGGAUGCUGUGAAGGCAUACCUCACUGAUCCAGAGGCCGGAACGGUAGAGGAAAUUUAGUCAAAUUUGAAUAUUUAUUCAAAUGAUAAUUUCUUAAUUCUUUGAUCUUAUUUUCAGUUGCUUACCCAGAGCAAGAGUUCAUACAGAUUGAACAGAUCGUGUUCAAUUCAGAUUGCUUAAAAGAAUUGAGUUUCUGUGUACUGUAAUUGCAUUUGUAAGAGAGAAUUAAGGUUCCAUAUUUGGUUUGAUAGAGAUGAAAGAAAUGCUUACUUUUGA